AUGGCUGGCAAGAUUACUGCCUACUUGGACUGCGUGUCCCUGUACUCGUGGUUUGCACUUCUUCAACUCGAGAAGAAUCGAGAGAAACUCGCGUCCCACAAUGUGGAGUUGGAUAUAGUUCCCGUCUUCCUCGGUGGGAUUAACGUCGGUAGCGGUAACAAGCCACCGUGGACAUUGCCAGCCAAGGGCAAAUACGGGAAGUAUGAUGUGAAACGGGCAAUGAAGUACUUCGGUACACCGAACAUGAAGACACCGAAAAACUUCCCCAUUCUCAGCCUGCUCCCGCAGAGGGCCUUGGUCUUUAUCAAAACGAAACAUCCUAACUUACUCGUUCCGACGCUGCUGGACUUUUUCCGCGCCUUGUGGGAAGAUGGCCUGGAUAUCAGCAAGCCGGAUCAGGUCGCCCAGGUCCUGUCAAAGAGAUAUAGCGAGGCCGACGUCUGUGAGAUUCUGGAGAAAGCAAACAGCCCCGAGUGCAAGCAAGCUCUGAAUGACAACACAAAGGAAGCCCUGGCCAAGGGCGCUUUCGGAUGCCCGUGGUUCAUCGUCAAGAACUCCAAAGGCGAGGAGGAGCCAUUCUUUGGUAGCGACAGGUUCCACUACAUCUGGGACUUCUUGCAGUUGCCGUGGAAGGACUUCGAGUUGCUUCCUGGGCAGGCGAGACUGUGGCAGUCGAAACUCUGA